AGUGUCUGCCUCUUUCUGUCUCAGACAUUUCCUCCCUACAUUCAGGACCCCUCUCUCUGCACAUCUCUUAUCAGUGACCUUAUCAAAGCUUUGCUCAGCCGCCUUCCUCUGGGAGGUGCUGGAAAAGCCAGCAAAGGGGAAUUUACCAGGAGGAUAAUGACCAAAAGUUCAGCGUCCAGUCAUUCUACAUAACUGUUUUUCUUCUUCUUCAAAAACAAAUAGAGUGGAGUACAGCUACUUCAGAUCAGGGUGUCCCCUUGGCUGUUUUGGUGAUAGAAGAUGGGGAGGCAUCGGUUGUUACCGUUGUGUGCCCUCCUGGCCGUCCUGUUUGCAGGGCUGCUCCCUAACCUUGAGGCUCAGGAAGUCGUGGUUGUCGGAAAACGAGACAUCAUUUUCCUAAUCGAUAGUACAAUGGGUGCAGUGAUCAUCAAUUCCGUACGUGAAUUCAUCAAGCGGUUCGUCGAAAUCAUGCCGAUUGGUCCAGACCAAGUUCAAGUGGGUGUGGCCCAGUUCAGCAAUAUCCCUCGACUUGAGAUGGAUCUCAACUCCUACGGAUCCAGGGAGCAAUUAAUUGCUGCUUUGGGCGCUAUCAAACCAAGAUCUGGACAGUCAAUUAACAUUGGAGCAGCCUUGGACUAUGUGAGGACAAAUAUGCUGCGGCCUGAGAAGGGCAGUCGUAUUCAACAGGGGAUACCCCAGGUUUUACUGUUGAUGACCAGUAAAAAGUCCAGUGACAGUGUGGAGGCACCUGCUAUUGCACUGCAGCAACUGGGAGUGUUGACUCUAGCUGCAGGCUCCAAAACUGCUGAGGAGCAGGAGUUGCGUCAGAUUGCCUUUGCUGACAGCGUUGCCUUCUAUAUGAAGGACUUCCGUGCAUUGGCUCGCAACCCAAAGGCAAUUAUUAAUGCCCUCUCCACUCUAGCUGGGGUAGUGGUGACUGAAGUACCCACCGAGCCAGUGGUGGAGAUAACCACAGUGCAGACUCAAAAAGUGGUCAGAGACAUUGUCUUCCUUGUGGAUGGCUCAAAUUACAUUGGCAGCACUAACUUUCCCUACAUGAGAGACUUCAUUAUCAACGUGGUCAACCAGCUGGAAGUACGUCCUGACAGGGUCCAGAUUGGUCUCCUGCAGUUUGCUGACCGUCCAAAAACUGAAUUUUAUCUUAACAGCUACAGCAGCAGGCAAGAUGUUGUGAAUAAAAUAUCUCAACUCAGACUCACUGGAGGCUCAGUUUUGAAUACAGGAACUGCCAUGAAUUAUGCCCUUGAAAACAUGUUCAAGACAUCAACUGGCUCACGCAGGAGGCAGGGAGUCCAGCAAGUGUUGGUUCUGAUCACAGGUGGUCCAGCUCAGGAUCAGGUUAAAUCUGUAGCCGAUAAAUUGGCUCUGGCUGGUGUUUUGACCUUCACAGUGAGUUCUGGCCAAGCAGAUGAAGCCCUAAUGAAAGCAGUUGCCUUUGUUCCAGAUUUGGCUUACCAUGAAACAAGCUUCUCUAAUUUGCCAGCUAUGGCUGAACUAAUCAUGCCAAAGUUGAUAACCGUGGUUGGUGAUACAGAUGUGACAUCAACGUUCCUAGAGGAAACUUUUGUUCCUGGAGCUGAAAGGGAUGUUGCCUUUCUCAUUGAUGGCACAGACAAUGUUCGAGAAGAUUUUUCCUACAUCAAGGAUUUUAUCAUUAAAGUCAUUGAACCACUUGACAUUGGGAUUGACAGGGUGCGAGUGUCAGUGGUUCAACACAGCAAUAGGCCAACUCCAACUUUCUACCUUAACACUUUCCAAACUAAAGAUGAGGUAAUAAGAGCUGUCAACGAAAUGACUCUGUUUGGUGGACGUAGCCUAAACACAGGAACUGCUCUGAGAUUCAUGAAGGACACCAUCUUAUCUGAAAGGCAUGGUAGCCGUGCGGCACAAAAUGUCCCUCAGUUUCUGAUAGUUUUGACUGGAGGCAGGUCCAGGGAUAACGUGAAGGAUCCUGCUGGUGCGCUGAAAACCGGGGGAGUCGUACCGUUUGGUGUUGGUGUCAGGGAUGCAGACCCAAGGCAGAUUGAGGCCAUUUCCCACAACCCUUCCUUUGCCUUCAAUGUGAGAGAAUUCAGUGAGCUUAGCACCGUGCCACAAAAGCUCAAUAACUACGUAAGCCUUCCAAGGGAACAGCUGACCCUAGUUCUACAGCAAGGGAGCAAUAAGAGGGACAUAGUGUUUCUCCUUGAUGGGUCGGAUGACUCCAGAAAUGGACUACCAGCUAUCCGUGAGUUCAUCCGAAGAAUGGUGGAAGAGCUGGACAUUGCCGAAGAUAAGGUUCGAGUGUCAGUCGUACAGUAUAGUGAUGACACCACAGUUUACUUCAACCUGAAAACUCACAGAUCAAAAAAGGCUAUCAUCUAUGCUGUAAGAAGUCUCCGCCAUAAAGGAGGAAGACCUCGGAACACUGGAGCUGCGCUACAGUUUGUGCGAGACCAUGUUUUCAUGGCUUCAUCUGGGAGCAGGCGCAUGCAGGGAGUCCCUCAGAUUCUAUUUUUACUGACUGGUGGCAAAUCCAAUGACGAUGUUUCAGGAGCAGCAUUAGACCUAAAACAUUUUGGUGUUCUAUCUUUCGCCAUUGGAAUGAAAAACGCUAAGCUGGAGGAGCUUCAAAAAAUUGCCUUCUCCUCCAGAUUUCUUUUCAACCUUCCUGUCUUUGGUGAACUUUUGUCCAUUCAGCCGGAGAUAGCAGCAUUUGUCCAGGCUGAAAUACAAAUUGAGCCUCCCACUGUUGUAGUUGAAUUAGAGUCCCCUCAAAGAGACAUAGUGUUUCUAUUGGAUGGGUCGGACGACACACGGAAUAGCUUCCCAGCAAUGAAAGGUUUUAUCCAAAAAGUGGUAGAAACACUCAGUGUUGGUGAGAACAAAGACCGUGUGUCUGUGGUCCAGUAUAGCAGAAAUCCACAGACAUAUUUCAGUUUGAACACCUACAAAGAAAAACAAAAUGUUCUUGCUGCUGUCCAGCAACUGAACCAUAAAGGGGGCAGACCCCUCAACACCGGGGCAGCUCUCGACUAUGUAAGGACAAAUGCUUUUGCUGAUUCCUCUGGAAGUCGGAAUAAAGACGGUGUCCCUCAGAUAUUGAUUCUGUUGACUGCGGGAAGAUCUCAAGAUGAUGUUGCAAGUGCCGCUGUGGCUCUAAAACAGGACAAAGUUGUUCCAUUCUGUGUAGGAACAAGAAAUGCAGACAUACUCGAGCUCCAAAUGAUUGCACAUAACCCUUCUUAUGCUUUCUCUGUGCUUCAAUUUGAUGAUAUUGGGAGCAUCCAUCAACAACUUGUGUCAUUUGUGAAAAGGGUGCCUCGACAACAGCCAAGACUAAAACCACAGAAUGUAUUAGAUCCCAACAGAAGAGACGUUGUUUUUUUGCUCGAUGGUUCAGAUGAUUCUCUGCGAAGAUUCCCAGAUAUUAAAGAUUUUGUGCAGAGAAUAGUGACGGACCUGAAUAUUGAUGCAAACAAAGAUCGCGUGGCUGUGGUCCAGUACAGCAACACAGCAGAGAUUGAUUUUAACUUGAGACGUUACUCAAGAGAGGAUAAUGUUCUUGAUGCAGUAAGAGGCCUCAGUCACAAAGGAGGUUAUUCUCACAACAUUGGAGCAGCUCUCCAGUAUGUGAAGGACCAUUUGGAGGCAGACGUGCCGAAUCAGUCCCUCAAUAUCUGUAUGUAUUUAGUGGAGGGAGAUCAGGGGAUGAUGUCAGAGGACCAGCACAGUCACUCAAAGAAAAUGGGAUAA